GCGCGAAGAUCCGCCAGAGAAAACUAUCUCAGAUGAAGCCGAAGGACUGGACCGAGGAUCCAUAUUUCUUAUGUUAUUUAUUAGCCCUGGCACAGUUUCAAGUGCGUAACCCCAAGCUUCCAGAACCAAAACAUUACAUCUCACGUCUCAUCGUUACGCACGCAUUAUACCGACAAUAUUUAUUGUUUUACGAGGCUGAAAUCUCGACUGAACUUCUCGGCUCACUAAAGAACCCCAAAACUGCUACAAACACAAUUCAAUGGCCUAUCAAGCCUUAUGCCACGUUCCCGGACCGACUGACCUCAGAGCUUGUGGCACCGUCGCAACAUAAGAGAGGCCCAGUUGAAAACGAUAAAAAGCGACUCCAUGAUGGAGAGAAUAACGAAUCCAAUAACAACAAAAGGGUAUUUCCAUGUCCGUUACUGGGAAAAGAAAGAGAGCACGAAACUCAAAAUGAAUAA